AUGGCCCAGCUCCCGGAAAACAUCAAUGGCAUCGUUGCUGCUUUCUACACGUGCGCCAGAAGCGACGGCAACUGCAGCCCCCUGAGCAGGGAGGAGCUGAGGCAGCUCAUCGAGCAGGAGUUCGCGGACGCGAUGGAGAACCCCCAGGACCCCAAAACCGUCAAGAAGGUGCUGUCCUUCCUGGAUGAUGACAGCAACUGCAGGGUUGACUUCAGCGAGUUGCUCAGCCUGGUUUUCCGCGUGGCCAAGGCUUGUUACAAGCCGCUCCAGCAGCACCAAGCACCAGAAGAUGGACAAGAGCCAACAGCACAAGAGAAGGCAGACAGGCAGCAGCCGCAGGGGCCGCGCACAGCGGGGAGGGUCUCCAGCAACCAGCAGGUUCCCGAGCAGGGUGUGAAAAAUCAGGUCCAGGACACUAAGACACAGGACCCAGACAAUGACCAAAGCCAGGAGAGUGAGACACCAGAGCAGGACCGGGACACCCGUCGAACCCAGGAGGGUGAGACAAAGGAGGAGGACCAGGACUCCCAUCAAACCCAGGAAGGUGAGACAAAGGAGGAGGACCGGGACACCCAUCAAACCCAGGAGGGUGAGACACCAGAGCAGGACCGGGACACCCAUCAAACCCAGGAGGGUGAGACACCAGAGCAGGACCGGGACACCCAUCAGGAUGAUGGGACUGAAGCACCAGAAGGGGAUCCAGAGAGCGGUGAGAUUCUGGACACUGCAACCCCAGAGCAGGACAGAAAUACUCAUAAGGCUGAAGAAGCUGAGACACCAGAACAGGACCCAAAAACCCACCAGGCCAAAGAAACUGAGACACCAGGACAAGGUUCAAACCACCAUCAGAGUCCAGAGACGGAGUCAGCAGAGCAGGACCUGAAUUGUCCUCCUGAGAUGCGAGGAAGAGACCCAAACAACAAGACCCGGGUCUGCGAGGCCCCUCAGCAGGACCCCAACCCCAGCAAGACCCAGAAGCUGCUGCCCCCACAGCGGGGUGCAAGCCCCCAUCGGGAUCCCAAGCCCUGGGGAAUACGCCACGACCUGGCUUUCCAUCAGUUCCCUGAAUCCAAGGUGCUGGAGCAGGAGCAGAGCGGGGCAGAGGCUCCGUCUUAUCCAGCACGACGGCCACAAGAUGCUCAUCACCAGAGGCAACCCACUAUAGAGCAGCAGCUCCUGCAGUCUCUCUAUCAGUGGCCCCUACAGCAGUAA